CUAACCUUUCUUUCUGUUAUUUUUAUCGGCCCCCACAUCCUGCUCUCUCUCGCUCUCUCUGUCUCCACCAUUCAUUCACUCUCACCACCCUCCAUAACCACUAACCCCUCCAACCACUAUCUGCAGUACACACACACACACACACACACACAACAAAUGUGAACACAUUCAAACCUUUACACACACACACGGAUGCAAGUCCAUAUCUGCUUCUUCAGUCAAAAACAAACUUCCAGUCAAAUUGGGUUUUGUGGAUACGGAGGAAGGAGAGAAGAUGACGACUCUCAAAACAACAGUAGUAGUUUUACUGGGUGAGUCCUGGGUGAGUCCUGGGUGAGUCCUGGGUGAGUCCUGCUGUAGUUGUUAUUCUGGAGAGAAGAUGACGACUCUCAGAACAACAGUAGUAGUUUUACUGGGUGAGUCCUGGGUGAGUCCUGGGUGAGUCCUGGGUGAGUCCUGCUGUAGCUGUUAUUCUGGAGAGAAGAUGACGACUCUCAAAACAACAGUAGUAGUUUUACUGGGUUUCUACACCUUCUGCCAGGAGACAAUCCAAGGAGCCUCGGUCCCAGGAGCCUCGGUCCUAGGCAGACCGUUGCUGUACGGCCCCUCAACAGUGCUAGAGAAGACUGUAGAAGAAUUCCAGUGUGAAGUUCUGCAUUACCCUAAAGAGGAGUCCAUCCUCUACCAGCUAUUCAGGGAAGGUGACCGGUCCAAGGCCUUGGGCUUCUACACUGCUCUGUCUGGUGAGAUGGCCAAUUUCCCUCUGUUCAUCACUGCUUCCUACGAGGGCUACAUGGUGUGUGUAGCCAGCGUCCAGAACAACACAGUAAUACACCCCACUGUCAGUCAAAGACACCACCUCAGAGUAGUCGACCCAGUCAACGGUGCAGAGGUUGUAGUCCAAUCAGGGUCUGUGGAGUUCUACGAAGGGAAGCCACUGUCCCUACAUUGUAACAUCACCAAAGGGACCCACGUCUCCUACCAGUGGCUGGUGGAUGGGAAGCCCCUCCCCCUGUCUCCUUUACACAAUCAGACACGGGAACAACUCUUCAUCUACAGGAUGGUGCCCCAGGACAGCGGGGAGUACGCCUGUGUUGCUACCAACCAACUCAACUUUACCAAGGUCUACUCCUCCAGGAGCACUGCCAAGGUCAUCAAGGUCAAAGAGCUGGUGUCUGAACCAGACUUCCUCUUCCUGGUACUGAAGGAAAGAGCGGGACCUACUUUGCCCUUCGUCACGUGUCAAUCACUCAAGGGGACUCCGCCCAUCACCUUCUCCCUCUACAGCAAGUCAGAGUUCAUUGGCAUGGAGACGGUUGACGAGCGAUUCGCCACGUUCUCUAUUCCAGUGGUUCUAGAUCUCCACAGGGCUUUCUACAGUGUCAGGCGCAGAACGGAGACAGGGUGGUACGGUCAGUGGACGGCCAUGCACAUUG